AUGACGGCCGUGACCCGGAGUCAUACUCGCGGAAACCCCAGCCAGAGUGAUCCGAUGGGACCAUUGGAGUAUCAAGCGGAAAGGUGGAGACGAGUCAAGGCGCACCAAGAUGAGGAUCACCGUCUGUUAAACCUCAAGAAAUUCUUGCGAGGUGAAGUGGAUAGUUUCUCUCGCGCGCAGAUACGUCGCCUUUCGAAGGAAGCUGACCUAUUCGUGUUGGACAGUCGAGACGUGUUGGUCCGCCUGAAUCACUCCGCUCAGGGUAGACCCAGAGAUCAGACGGAUAUGCUACGAUUGGCAGUUCCGGAGACGUUACGCCAGGCCAUAUUGCACUACGCUCAUGAGGAUUUCCAAGGGGGUCAUCAGGGCAUAACACGUACGCAUGAGAAACUCCGGACAGACUUCUAUUGGUAUGGAACGUAUGCGGACGUAGAAGCGUUCGUCAAAGAAUGUGUAGACUGUGCUAGCGGAAAGGGGCACCCCCCUAACCAGGGGCCCUCCCCCGGGUACGUUGACACCCAUUUGAGAUUGUCUCUAUGGAUUUCGUCACUCAUUUACCGGAGUUAUGCCAUGUGCAAGCCGAUGAGCUCGACCACUGCACAAGAAGUGGAUGAGGCGUAUGAAGAACGCGUUCUCCAGAGGUUUGGGGCGAGCUCCAUGAUCCGCCACGACCAGGAUCCAAGAUUUAUGGGCGAGGUGUUCAGAUGUUUCAGGGAAUUGCUGGGGAGCAAACAACGAGCCACCCUCGGCUACAGGCCCCAAUCAAAUGGCCAACAGGAACGAUCAGUCCAGACGGCAGAUCAGUCCGAUUGGGACGAUCACGCCGAACGCCUGAUGUUCGCGUUGAAUACAUCCUUUGACGCAACCCGUCUGGACACACCGUUUUACCUGGUACACGGAUGGGACGCCCAAGGGACAGUGUUAGGAAUGCUCGGACCGAAGCCAUCUGGUGUUGUCAAGCGAACAGCGUAUGAGUGGCGGAGGAAACUGCAGCGCGAUUACAGCUAUGCGCAAGCC